ACGAAAAACUGUUGUAUUAGUAGAUGAAUGCGAUGUGGUAACAUAUGCCUUUAAGGAACAACGUCACUGUGAUGUAGCUAAGAGUGCUUUUAAAACAUUGUUGACGUGCCCAGCUCGCAAAGUUUCAACCUGACAGGAAGGUUUUUAGCUUGUCAGCUAACACGAGCUAACCAAGAACACUAACCCGGGAUUGGCGUGGUGUCUGUUAAGCCAACCCUGAUCCUGGAGAUCCACCUUUCUGCAGAGUCUAGUUCCAACCACAACCUACCACACCUGCUCCAGCUCAUCAACUUCUUCAAACGUCCUUGAUCGGCUGGAGCAAAUACAUUGCAGUGACUUCAGGUCAGGAAAGAAACUGGCGUCAGAGGACAGUGCUAAGGAGAUUGGAUGGUCUGGCCUGAACAUGUCCACAGACAGAGAGCCAUGUGUCACUGCUAAACUCCUUCACCUCAUCUUCCUCUCCACCUUUUGGGGCAUGCAGAUAUGGGUCACCUUCAUCUCUGGCUUUGUGAUGGACAACCAUCUAAACAGGCACACAUACGGCUUUAUUCAGAGUCGACUGUUCCCCUUCUACCUUCACAUUGGCUCAGCCUGUGCCUUCUUCAACCUUACCAUUUUUGCCAUGUACCAUCCCAGUGACCUGCUGAAUGACAAAGAGGCCUUUCAGAUCUUCAUUUUCUUUGUAUGUGUGACUGUGGCAGCGGUAAAUGCCCAGUGGUUUGGCCAGCUGACUUCUGAGAUCAUGGCAGACAUGCACAUGAUUGAGCAGGCCUGUGGGCUGGGCCAGGACAUCGGGCUGUCAUCCAACCGGGAGGCCUACUCUAAACUGUGUGACACAGACCCCAAGUACAAGCGACUGAGCAAACGGCUAUGGCUUUACCACAUGCUGUCGUCCCUCUGUAACCUGUGCUGUAUUGUGUGUAAUGGCUACAGCCUUUAUUACCUGGCAGAGAACCUCAGUACACUGUGAUAUCUCGAUAGCUGACCCCUUGCCAGGGUUACAUGCCCAAUGCAAUGCAACACAACACAAAGCCGUCAAUGUAUACAAACUUUUUGAGCAAAAAUAUGCUCAGGUACUGUCUGUUAACCCUGUCUGCUCUAAUCUCUUACUGCUAGUUCUUUGUUUUUGUGCUAUUUGUGUGGCAUCAUAAUAUUUAGUGUAUCUUUAAUAUAUGUAGAUAAAAUAGACACUUAGGCUGGCUUUACAGCGUGAAACUUUUAACAAACUGUACCUGCUUGAAACUUACAUGAAACUAAAAUGCACUUGAGUUGCGUAAUGUAAAUCAUCCUGCAACUCACUUGAAGCUCAGCCUCAGCAGUUCCAACCGUCUCAGUUUCGUGAAGCAAGUUUCAGAAAACAGCAGCAUGUGAUCACAUCAGACGACAUGAUUUCAAAUGAUUUUCACUGGAUCAACAGACAGGAAAAUAAAUCAGAAGAUGGUUUAUUGUAUGGUUGAAAGAGAUACUCUUGACUGACUUUAAGCAAGAUUAGUAGUUUUUCAUUCUGUCAGUUUUGCGAGUCAUGACAACAACUGUGAGUUUCUUGAAGCUAAUGUUUUCUAACUAGCUGUGUUAACUAGCCAGCUAACAGUAACAGUUGUUUAAGGUGCUGCUUUCACCAGCAUUUAUUCCUCUUAGUUAUCUGCUAUUGUCAUGAUUUAUAUAGCUAGAUAAUUUUCUCCUCUCUUGAUUUCCCCCUAAUUUUACAGAGCUCUGAUUCAUUUGGGGUCUAAAGGAUGAACAUUUUUACAGAACAGAAAAACAGAAAAAGUUGCAGCCCUUGGUGAGUUUCUUGUGCUUCUAGAACAGAACAAGUGAGACAUCAAGUAGGCUAUAACUGUAAUGGCUAUUUAGACAUUAAUUAAGGCUUAAAUUACACUCAAAACAACAAA